GCCAAAUAUAAAACACUAAAAAAAACCUUAUCUUCUCUACAUACAGAUACAGCCCUCUUUCUCUCUCUAUCUUCUCUCUCUAACACACACAUCUCAGCCAACCCUGUCGUUCAGAUCCAGAGCUCAAACUUUACCAUUUUUGCCUCCCAUGGCGUACUCGUUUCCUGAGGAAGUUCUGGAGCACGUGUUCUCGUUUUUGAAAACCGACAAGGAUCGAAACGCCGUUUCGCUGGUGUGCAGGUCGUGGUACGAGAUUGAGAGGUGGUGCCGCCGCCGUGUAUUCAUCGGGAACUGCUACUCCGUCUCCCCUGAGAUCGUGAUCCGGCGGUUUCCGGAAGUGAGGGCGUUGGAGAUGAAGGGGAAGCCGCAUUUUGCCGAUUUCAACCUCGUGCCGGAGGGUUGGGGGGGCUACGUUUACCCAUGGAUCGUGGCUAUGUCGGUGGCUUACCCGUUCCUCGAGGAGAUCAAGCUCAAGCGCAUGGUGGUGACCGACGAUACUCUGGAGCUAAUCUCCAAGUCCUUUAAGAAUUUUAAAGUUUUGGUGCUCUCGUCCUGCGAGGGUUUUACGACCGAUGGUCUCGCCUCCAUUGCGGCUAAUUGCAGGAAUCUCAGAGACUUAGAUUUGAGGGAGAGUGAAGUGGAGGACCUGAGUGGGCAUUGGCUUAGCCAUUUCCCCGACAACUGCACCUCAUUGGUGUCACUCAACAUGUCUUGCUUAGGCUCUGAGGUGAGUUUCUCCGCCUUGGAGCGCCUGGUUGCCCGGUCACCUAAUCUGAAGACUCUUCGCCUGAACCGUGCUGUACCCCUUGAGAAGCUGAGUAACCUACUUCUCCGUGCCCCACAGUUGGUUGAACUAGGCACUGGUGCAUAUUCAGCCGAGGUUCGAUCUGACACCUUUUCGAACCUGACUGAAGCAUUUUCAGCCUGUAAGCAUCUGAAAGGCUUGUCAGGAUUUUGGGAUGUAGUUCCUGCUUAUCUUCCAGCCAUGUCUUCUGUCUGCUCUGGACUCACUUGGCUGAACUUAAGCUAUGCUACCAUUCAAAGUUCUGAUCUCAUCAAGCUUGUUACCCAGUGUCGGAAUUUACAGCGUUUAUGGGUUCUUGAUUACAUUGAAGACAGUGGUCUAGAAGCCGUUGCAGCAUCUUGCAAGGAUCUGCAAGAACUUAGGGUAUUCCCAUCAGAUCCUUUUGGAGCAGAACCUAAUGUGUCCUUGACAGAACAAGGGCUCGUCUCUGUCUCGGAAGGCUGCCCUAAACUGCACUCAGUUCUCUAUUUCUGCCGCCAGAUGUCGAAUGCUGCUUUAGUUACCAUUGCAAGAAAUCGACCUAAGAUGAUUCGUUUUCGACUCUGCAUAAUCGAGCCUAGAGUUCCGGAUUACUUAACCCUCGAACCACUCGAUACUGGCUUCGGAGCCAUCGUCGAAAACUGCAAGGAAUUGAGACGCCUUUCCAUGUCAGGCCUGUUAACAGAUCGUGUCUUUGAAUACAUCGGGACCCAUGCAAAGAAAUUGGAGAUGCUUUCGAUAGCUUUUGCUGGAGACAGUGAUUUGGGCUUACACCACGUGUUGUCUGGUUGUGAAAGCCUAAGGAAACUAGAGAUUAGAGACUGUCCGUUUGGGGACAAGGCUCUGUUGGCCAACGCUGCAAAGCUGGAGACAAUGCGAUCCCUUUGGAUGUCUUCUUGCUCCGUUAGUUUCGGAGCAUGUAAGCUGCUUGGUCAGAAGAUGCCGAGGCUCAACGUUGAAGUGAUUGACGAGAGGGGCCCGCCCAAUACGAGGCCCGAAAGCUGCCCUGUCGAGAGGCUGUACGUUUACAGAACUGUUGGUGGAAGAAGGGAUGACAUGCCUGGUUUCGUUUGGAAUAUGGAUCAAGAUUUUUCGACCUUUCGUGAUUCGCAAGAGCAAGAAAACGGGAAUUGAAUUUUAUCCAUAAUAUUCGCCGAUGAGUGAAGAGUGAAGCAGGUAUAUGGGUUGUUGUAUGUGGUAAGUGAAUGUACUUUUUAAUUUGAGGUUGUGCUUUAUGUGAUUGCAGUGCCAGUGAGAGUUGGGGAAAGAAGGCCAAAAAGAAAAGAGAAGUUGGAGCUCAAAUGCCAUCAUUUUUUUUAUUCACUUGGCUCUGAGCUAUUUCACUGCAAUCACAUACUAAUAAAACAAUUUAUUUAUUUUUAAUUUAUUUAUUUGGUGAUGAGAUUCAUUUGUUAUCAUUACAUGUAUGAGUAAUUUGAGAUUUUUGGAAGUAAUUAUGUAAGAACUUUGUUCAGACUUGUGCAAGCUUUUAGCUGUAUUGUUCUUAAUUAUUUAAUGCUCAUGUUUUCUUGAGUAGGUUCCA